GUCUUUUCUGGUAUCUUUGAGUUCGGGUUUUGGAUUUUGGGUUUUAGCUCCGUCGGAAUUGAGGGAAAGAGAAGAAGAACCGCAAGAAGAUGGGGAGGAGAAUACUGAAUGAAGCACUCAGAUCAAUGGUGAAUGCGGAGAAAAGAGGGAAAUCCAUGGUGGAAUUGAAGCCCAUCUCCACUGUAAUGUCUUCUUUCCUCAAUAUCAUGAAGAAUCGAGGCUAUAUUAAGGACUUUCAAGUUUAUGAUCCACAUAGAGUGGGAAAGAUAACAGUUCAAUUACAGGGGAGGAUUAAUGAUUGUAAAGCACUUACUUACAGGCAGGACAUCAAGGCUAUAGAAAUUGAAGAGUACAAAACACGUACUCUUCCAACGCGACAGUGGGGUUAUGUUGUGAUUACAACUCCGGAUGGCGUUUUGGAUCAUGAAGAGGCUCUUAGACGCAACGUUGGCGGUCAAGUUCUGGGAUAUUUUCACUAAUCUUCGUCCCAUCACUCACAACCCCUAGGCGAAUGAGAAGAGCGACGACAGUUUUCACCGGCAAAAGGUGUUAUGGAGAGAACCGUCAUAAGAUAAUUAGUGGUCAUAAAUUCAUUUGUCUUUCCUCAACUGAAGUGACAGACCAAGUUUAAGUUGGUAUUACCUUUCAUAAUGACUUGGUCGUAUUGUUGCACGAAAUGUUUUCCCCAAGUUAAAUUGAGGACAUGGGACAGGUUUUUAUCAGCAUACAAACUUGUCACCCCAUGCCUUGUGUAGGAAUGGUUUUUGUUCCUGCAUUAUCUGCAUCUAAAUCUGAUCCGGUGGAUUCUUAAUU